AUGCCUGUCCAGAAACAGGCUGCUCUCGGCGGUUCAAACGACGAGAACACCUCAGUAGACAUCGGCUCAACCGAUAAUAUGGGAGCAGAUCAACCACGCAAGAUCCACCAAUGCCAUGUGUGCCAGAAAGACUUUGUGCGCCUGGACCUUCUCCAGCGGCACAUUCGCCGACAUGACCGUGGCAUGAGCUACCGGAAUUCCGGUGGGUACACAACAAGUGGCAGGCCAGUCGGCAGCAACCGACAUGGCACAUGCAUUAGUCCUCUCGUACCAGCUGCGGGGGUGGAGCUGCGUGGGCAAUCGGAAACUCCUGGAGACACCGUUGACACCCCUACUCCGCGAGAUGAUCAGCUCGAGACGCCACAGCCACUUGCUGCCACGGUUGGGCAGACCAGCAUAGAUGCCUUGCAGUCCAUGAUUAGCGAGUCCAGGCCGAACGAGACAUCAGGUGUGGGAUAUCUCACCUUCUUCGACGGGUCGAACGAUGCCACCAGCCUGACCCAGGAUCUGGACUGGCUGUUUGGCGUUGGCGUUGAUUGCUGGGAUGAUGCGUCUGCAAGCCUUGAUAGGUUCAACAACAUCCUGAAUCCAACUACCGAGCAACUGCCGGUAUGGUCGCCUCUGUCUGGGACUUCUUCCCAGGGCUCCGUCUCCGUUGCUGUCGAAAAUGUUACCCACCUCGUACCGCGACAGAAGGUGCUCGCAGCCCUAGUGACGCUGCCCGCCGAUCUUCUGUCCUCAUCCUUCUUCGACGCGGCCAACCUGGAAUGGUUCAUGCAAAGCUACUGGGAAAACUACAAUCCGCAUUUCUCGCUGCUGCACCGACCGACGUUUUUCGUGCAGGAUGCGCCACCUCUACUCCUCGUUGCACUCUUGACUCUGGGUGCGACCCUCUCGCCCGACAGAAACCAUUAUCAGAUUGCCGAGAAGAUCCAUGAGAGCCUACGGUGGCUGAUCUUUACUUCACCAGAUUUCCAAGCGCCGGCCCCUCUGUGGGUGGUGCAGGCGUUGUUGGUCGUCCAGUCCUACGAGAAGAUGUUCUCGACUCGCAAACUGCACGAGAUCUCGCACAUUUUCCAUUACUCAGUCAUUACACUCAUGAGACGCGGAAGCAGUUACUCGCCACACGCAGACCACUCUGACGACAGCGAUACACCCUCCAUCUCAAAAGGCUGGCACCGCUGGGUCGAGCGCGAGCUCUCACACCGGGCCGCAUACUUUGCCUUUGUCAUGGACGCUCAGCACUCGUCCAUCUUCGGCCACUCGGCCGCCCUGUCUCUCACCGACAUCCACCUCCCGCUGCCCUGCGCCGAUGCCCUCUGGGAGGCACCCACGGCAAGCAUCUGGAAUCGAGAACGAGCAAGAAUAGCGCCUGGCCCAACUCCGUCUUUCCUCCCGGCCCUCCGUGCGCUCCUUUCAAGACAACCGGUGCCGCACACCUAUAGCCCCUUUGCGCGUUUCGUGCUGCUGCAUGGGCUGCUGUGCUUGACGCGCCAUAUGAUUACGCGGGACCAGACGGCGUCGUAUCUCUCUGACCAUCAGACGACAUCAGAGACUGAGGCGGGGGGGUCGGGGUCAGUCACACCAGAGCAAGACAGCUGGAAAGACCGCCUCGACCGCGCAAUCGACACCUGGUCCUUUAGCCUCCUCUCCCGAGCACCAUCGCUCUGUCUCGAGGCCGCCCGCCCGCUCCAGCGGAUCGCACAUGUCAGCAUCCACGUCUCGCUAGUUGACUUUCACACACUAGCCGGGGCGCCGCACCUCGCAACGUCUUCAGGCCCCUGCGCAGCCCGGGGAAGAGACAGCGCACAGUUUGCGCGCGCGUACAAGCGCAUCAGUGCGUGGGCGCACCACCGCAAUGCAAAGAGGGCAUUAAGUCACUGCUUACUUCUCAUCCAGGAAACCAUGUUCACGCGCACGAGGUAUGCGGCAGCCGAGGAUAGUAUCAUCCUCAGGCCAUGGGUGCUGUACAACACGACGCUGGUUCUGUGGGCCUAUGGGGCUAUCCGGGAGGGGGCGGACGGCAUUAGAUAUCCUAGUGAGAAUAGGAAUGGAAAUGAGAGGCCUGUACUUGCUGGAGACCAGGAACAAAGACAGGGCCAGUGGACGGCUGAGGAGUAUCUGGCGCAAAUGUUGAAUGGCCUUAUGGGAGACGGUUCCAGUGGUGAUCUUGACCAGCUCAAAGGUGCCAAUAAGACGACGGGGUUGGUUGCUGCUGUGAGAGAUGCGCUGGAGGGGUGCAGAUGGGCGUUGCUGGAGGAGGCUAAAGAGACGCUGGGUCGCUUGUCAGAGCAGACAAGCAUCCUCUUGUCGAUGGGAUCGAGGCCGACUACCGAGGAUGGGGGAUGA